AUGGUCGUGAUGGGUGAUGCCAGCAAUACCAGCAUCGGCAGCGGCGAGGGUACCGGCGAGGAGGACGACGAUACGAGCGGCAAGAAAAACCAAAAGAAGCGGGGGAUCUUCCCGAAGGUGGCCACCAACAUUCUGCGGGCGUGGCUCUUCCAGCACCUAACGCAUCCCUACCCAUCGGAGGACCAGAAAAAGCAGCUAGCACAAGACACGGGCCUGACGAUACUGCAAGUUAAUAACUGGUUUAUCAACGCGCGGCGCAGAAUAGUGCAACCCAUGAUAGAUCAGUCCAACCGAGCAGUGUACACGCAUCCGGGCCCGUCCGCCGGCUAUCCGGACGCGAUGAGCUACAUGAUGGACGGCCAGGCGCAGAUGAUGCACCGGGCACCGGGCGAUCCGGCAUUCCACCAGGGCUACCACUAUCCGCCGGCCGAGUACUACCCGCACCAUCUGUAA